CCUCGGCUGGGAAAGUGAGAUGGAACAGGCACACUUUUCAUUUUCAGCCUGCCUUUGCCAGAUAAUUACUUGCAAAAACAUCACUUUGUAGAUAAGAGGAAGAUGUGCCAAUAGUGAGUAUAAAGAUUAAGAAAUGUAUAUAAAAUAAACACCAGUAGAAGCUGAGUUACAGCUGUUCGGGUCUCAAACCCUGGGGCUAGGAGGAUGCUCUGCACUGAAGUCUUCUCAGUGUCGGGGGAAUGGCAGCAGGGUUUGUGCUUCUGCACGUGGCUGAACCAAAAAGCAGCUGCCCCUCUGCCCGCAGGUCCCAGCCCCUUUACUCUUGUGCACAGAGGUUGCUGCAGACAAAGGGGGCUACAGUCAGGAUUUUAUUGCUUUAUAACAGUGCUGUAAAGACUAGCUUUUCUUGAAUGUCAGCUUCCUUGCAUUUCCACCACUUUGGAGCAGGUUUAUUUUGCAGCAUUGGAUAUCGGGAGGUGCCAAUAGGCUCAGUGCAAAGGGAAUUAAGCGGCAGAGUAAUCCGCCACUGUAAAUCCAUCUGAUAAACACCAUGCAAUUAAGUCUCAUGAAUUGUAACUGAUGAAGACAACAAGCAUUUUGCAGAUACUUAUUCUGCUAAGAGGUGAUUGGAAUAUUUUUUUUUUCUAAACUGUGCCAAUUCCUCUUGCUGCUCUGAUGAGACGUGACCCGGGGAGAGCAUUUUGCAGCUGCUGACUCCUAGUGCACAGAGCAAGCCUUAUUUGCAGGGUGACAAACUGAGCACCUAGAGUGCUCCAGGACAGAAAACAACCUUAAUUGAAGAAAUAAAAUAUAAAUGAUAAUAAUAAUUAAAAAAAAAAAAAAAAAAGUAGUGCUCUGAAUUAGUUUCUUAAAAAAAAAAAAAAGACAAUUAGAAAAAACAUCAUUCUUCCCAUUAAAUAGCCACAUGAGGGCAGCACCAGGUGGCAGAGCUGGUGUUGGGCGUGCAGAAGCUGCUCCAGGCUGGCCGAGGUCACCCUCACCUUGCAGGCACCCUCCUCCUUGCCGUCCCCAAAAGCCGGAGGUUAUUUCCAUCAGAGGGGAUGCAGCUGAAAGCUGACCUUGUGUUUUUUUUCAAAGCACUCGUUGCUUUUGAGCAUGAAGGUGGGAAAGGGUUUAUUGAAUUCUUCACAGCUCUGUUUGUUUGUCUUAAUCAAGUUGCAGUCUCCUUUCCCUCUGAGAUCUCCUCCAGCAUUUUCUUGUCCCCUUGUCACCAUGUGGCCACAAAACACUUUUCCCCUCUGUAGCACUGAGAGUCUGGAAUAGCUUCUGUCUGCCUCAUUAACUCCUGGUCCUACAAACAUCCUAGGACUGUCAGUAUAGUGCUUGCUAAUUUGUUUUCUUUCUCUGGAGCACAUUCUUUUCCAAGGUAUGAAGGUCAGCAAAGGAGGAGAGAUACAGCCUGUGGUUAAGUUAGAAGAAAAUACAGGUGAUGUUUGCUUUUUGAGGAACUUGUUUUUGGGUGAGAAUUAACAAUUUGUGUUUUAGCUAAGAAACAUGUUUGUAAAUAGCUUUGGUACCCAAAGAAGGGCAUGAAGGUUGCUGGGCGCCAAGGGCACAGUAAAUGGUCCAGAGUUGGCUUAUUAUAUAGUGAAGUGCAACCAAAAGCCAUCCUCACAUUUAUUUCUUACAUGACAGACAUGCCAGGAUAGUCCUAAAUGAAGUACUACUUUUAACACAGCUUUACUACCAACCAGCACGUUUUUCACUAUAUAAAUUGAAUUACCAGCUGGCAUCUUGAAACUAUGUACGGACCGAAUGGCCAUGCAGCUGGCGUGGACCUGGGCUAUGUUUGUAGCCAUAUCAGUCUUUAAAAGGGCUGUAAUGCCCUGGGAGAUGUUUGGGGUGGUUUGGUUUUAGCCCUAUGUCACCGCAGCCUGGUGCUGGUGGAUGGUGUUGGUCAGUGCAGGGCUCUGCCUGUUCAAGGCAGGGAGGUGCUGCUGGUUAUCCCAAAGUGAUACCUAGCCCUGUUUCUUCUGUCUUUCUCAGUUGUUCAGUUUCUCAGCACCGAGAGCCCCAGCACAGCCUGUCCAUGAGCUGCUCAUUUCAUGGUUCUGACCAGAGAUAGGAUCUACCGCUGCCACCCUUCACGGCCACGUUUAUGUAAGGCCGGAAUGAUAGCGUAGGAAGCAGAACAAGCCCUGCCUAUGCUUUUACCACCUGCUUCACCUCCCCUGUUGCCUGUUUAUGAAAGCCUGUCUUAGCAUUCGUCAUAAUAAUAAUAAUACUUUGCAAUUCCCUAACAACCAUCCAUCUGCAGAGCCUGAGCUGCUGGCAAACCUUUAAUUAGAUUGUGCCUCCCACCACCCCCAGGAAGUAGGCAAACAUUAUCACAUUUUUUCAUUAGCACCAAGGCCGAUGAUGAACCUUCAGGGAGAGGAUGUUGCAGUUACAGCCAAGAAAAAAUAAAAAAUGAAGUCAAAUUCAGCUUGGUGUUGAGCUUGGGAACAUCAGGGCAGCUGUGCGAUUACUGGGACUAUCCCAUAAUGUUCCCCCAUAUCCCAGUGGAUUGUAGCUCAGCACAGUUCAUUGGAGUGCAUCUGUUCAUGAUAGCUGUGAUAGCACCCAUGCUGUGUGGCUGACCCUUUCUGUGAUCUGGGGGGGCUGCCAUCAUUUUGUCCCCUGUUCCCAAGCACUUCUCACAGCCUCAUCCUCACCUUUUGUUGUGGGCAUGCCUUAAAAGGCUGGAAACCCUUUUUCCCCAAGCAUUUCAUGCACUGCCAGCUUUUCCCAAAGUCUGCUUUGCUAACAGACUGGCAGGUACUUUAUUUUAAGUUACCCUUUCACAGAAACCUUUCUCUGCUGGUUUUGCUCCUGGCAGGCUCUUUAACCUCCACGGCAAGGGACAGGCAUGGUGCAGCUGGGCCUCAUUUCUUCCCCUCUUCCCCCAGCUGCUGGCUCCCAGCUCCUGUUCUCCUGCAGUCCUGGGGGGCUUUGCUCCUGCUUGGUGACUGGCUUUGAGCUCAGCUGCUUUUUGGGAUCCUGCUGUGUGGAGCUGGCUGCUAGCAGAAGGGAAAACCCAGACACAAACAGUGCUGCUGUGCUCUUCCAGUAACCCGCACGCUCCAGGCCCUGUGAGUGAGCCCGAUGACAUCGAGUUUCCUCGGCAGUGCCCUCCGGGGCACCUUCUUCCUCGUUUUUGGUCUCUGGUGGUCUGUGCGAUACCCCCUGAAGUAUCUCAGACGAAAAGUAAAUGCCGAGAACCAGCCAAGCUAUGGAGUCCAGCGUGCGGAAGUCUUUGAAGGGGCAGUCAAAGCUUUCUUUGCUCUGGCAGGGAUACUGGUGGAGCAGUUUGUUCCCUCUGGUCCCCACAUGACGCUGUACAGCCCCAAGACACACAGCUGGACAGACCUCGCCCACUGGCACUACACCACCAUGUACCUCUUCUUCCUUCUCUCCGGCAUCGUGGACGUUGUCUCGCACUCACCACUGAAGCUGCCGCUUGGCUUGGAUCGUCUCUUGCUGUCUGUGGCUCUCUUCAUGGAAGGCUUGCUCUUCUGUUUCCAUGACUACAGCGAUGUUGCGCUGGACCAGCACCUCCACUCCCUGCUGGCCAUGGCUAUCUUUGCUGGAGCCCUCUGUGCCCUCCUGGAGGUGUUCCUCCGAGACCACGUCAUCCUGGAGGCCUUCAGGACCAGCACCUUCCUUCUGCAGGGCUCCUGGCUCUGGCAGAUUGGGUUUGUGCUGACCCCUCCGUGGGGAGGACCAGGCUGGGAUCAGACCGACCGCAGCAACAUCACGUUCCUCACCAUGUGCUUCUGCUGGCACUACGCGGGUGCCCUCGCCGUCCUGGCAGCCAACGCAGCCGCGUCUCGCUGCUGCAAUGAGUCCUGCCAGCUGAAAUUUGGGGACAUCGACGUGGAGCUGGACUGCGGCAUGUGCAUCCGCAAAAGCAAGGGCUCCAGCGGCGCCCUGCUGCCAGAGAGCGGCUUGGAUGACAAGUGAUGCUGUCGGGUGUUUCCCUUGUGGAAACUCCUUCCUGCUGGUCUAGAGCUACUGAAAUGAGGUUUUGAGUUUUGCCUUGUUGACCUGCACCGACGCUUGAUGGGGGAGCACCAGAAGCGGGAGGCAGGGCCCUGAAGCCAGAGCACAGCAGCAGGCACUGAGCUGCUCCUGCAUGCUGCCGGCAUCCUGCUGGCAGCAGCACGCCCAAACCAGGCUCCUCAGGGAAGGUUUUCCUAAUUUUCUCAGGCUGCUAUCUGCGGGGCUGGUUUACUGGUGGAGUCUGCCUGGUGUAGCUGAUUUGGCUCUUAUUGAACCCGGCCCUCGCUGCUGGAGGCAAACUGCCCUGUGAGCCCGCUCCGGCAUCUGUCGCUUGCUCUGGUGUUAAUGGAGGGGGUUUUGUACAAAGCUUAAUGUGCACAGCGUAUACGUGGUCACCAAUAAAGUACUUUAACAAACCA